AGCCGCGGGCUGUCCCGCUGUGGCGGCACCAUCCCCGGGCGGGCGGGCGUCCAGUCCCCUUCUCCCCUCGGUCUCCGCUCGGCGGCUGCCCGGGCACCGGCGGCCUCUCCCCCGGCCCGGGGCUGUGUGUCCCUUUGUCUCCUGGCGAGGGGAGCGGCCGCCUCUGCUCCCACCCGGGGUGCAGGGCCGGUCCCGUCGCGGGGCAGCCGCACGGAGCCGCCCCCGCCGCCUUCGGGAGAGGUGUGAGCAGCCGCGGGUGCCGGGCUGGGGGUGUCCCUCAGGCGCCACCCGCACCGAGCGCUCAGUGCCCCCGCCCGAGGGGCGGACGAAGCCGGACUUGGCUGCAGCGCUUCGGCCUAGGUUAAGGAUGAUCCAGAGGCACCAGCUGGUGCAGUCUGUGCUGCAGGAGCUACAGGAAGCCACUGAAUGCUUUGGUCUGGAGGGCCUCACCAGUGCUGCGCUGGAGGCAGAGAGGACCUUGUCAUCCUUCUCCCUGCCUGGUUAUUGUGGCAGUCAGUUCCAAGAGGAGCUGGAGGUUGACCGGGUAGCCAGGAGCCUCUAUCCCGAGGAUGCCCCAAGUAACAUGCUGCCUCUCGUUUGCAAGGGUGAGGGGAACCGCCUUUUUGAGGCUGCUAGUGUGCUGCUCUGGGGCAACCCCAGCCUCAGCCUGGAGCUGCAGGUGCGAACUGUGGUGGAGAUGCUGCUGCACAAACAAUACUACUUGAAUGGCAUGAUUGAUUCCAAAGUGAUGCUGCAGGCUGCCCGCUACUCCCUCUGCACUGAGGAGACCCCGGAGAUGACCAGCCUCCCCAUGGCUAUCCUGGAAGCCAUCUUUGAUGCUGAUAUCAAAGCUACCUGUUUUCCUGGCACCUUUGCCAACAUGUGGCACGUCUAUGCUCUUGCCUCAGUACUGCAGUGUAACAUCUACUCCAUCUAUCCCAUGAGCAACUUGAAGAUCCGACCCUAUUUUAACCGGCUGAUCCGGCCCAGGAAGUGUGGCCCACGAACCUCCACGCUGCACAUCAUGUGGUCGGGGCAGCAGCUCUCCCGGCAGGUCUUCAAAGCGCAGUAUUUUGUGGCUGUGGUUGGCCUGGAGGAGCUGGAACCCACAAUACCUUCACCAGAGCCUCCUGUCCAGCCCAUGAAGACCCUUGAGCUGCUGAACAGUGACCCCCAGCUGACCUACUCCAACCUGCGUGACCGCUACAGCAUUACCAAGAGCACCUUCUACCGCUGGAAGCGCCAGUCUCGGGAGCACCGGCAGAAAGCGGCUGCCAGGUUUGCAGCUAAACACUUCCUGCAGUCCUGCUUUCAGGAGGGCAAUGUCAUCCCCCUCCAGCACUUCCGACAAAUGUUUCCAGAAAUCUCCCGAUCCACAUACUAUGCCUGGAAGCAUGAGAUGCAGAGCAUGGUCAAUGGUGAUACCUCUGCUCUGUCUGAGGCGCACAGCUUGCAGGAACUUCACAGGGUUGUCCCAAAAAAGGCUGAUGUGAAUGAGCCAAGAAAUCCGCAGGGGAGCUUGAAAUCCUCAAGUACUUCCCCAGAUCCCAUUCAAGCAGGAAUCUUUAUGCAAGGAGCCAAAUCCUACCUGGAGAAAUGCAUUUCCAUGAACACUCUGGUGCCUUACAGAUGCUUCAAACGCAGCUUCCCAGGCAUCUCCAGGUCCACUUACUAUAACUGGCGAAGAAAAGCGAUCAAGGAGAACCCCAACUUCAAACACCCCCAGUCACCCUUGGAUUACCAGAAAACUCUAGCUAUAGGAAAGCCAUUCCUGCAGCUGAAGCCAAGCGGUGUGCCUGUUAGGAAGAGACGGAAUGGAGACCGGCCAGCAUCCAGGAGUCUGCUGCAGCUCCAUCCUUCUCUGUGCUGGAGAAAGCAGCUGCGAGACGUGGCCAGGAGGCAGGUCCAGCAAUGGCAGCUGCCGUUCUGCAAGUACCGCCUGCGCUAUCCAUCUCUCUCCUCCACAGCCUACUGGUUUUGGAAGGGCAGUGGCCAAACCAUUUGGCAGCAUCGCCUGCCCUGGAGCAGCUCCAGCCUGCCAUUGAACCGUGUAUCUUCCCUGGCACCUCCAAGAGCAGAGCCAGGCCUCAAACCUCAGUGCCAUGUGGAAGUAGCCACCAAGCACAUAGAUAAGCCAGUGCCUGCCGUGCCGUGCAACACCAGCAUUUCGGGCUAUGCCAUGUCGGAGAGAGCCAGCAGCCGGAUGUUUGUGAUGGAUGUCAUUGCCACUGCCCAGUUCAAGGCACAGGCCAAGCUGUUCCUGCAGCAGCGCUUUGAGUCGAAGACCUUCCCAACCUACAAGGAGUUCAGUGCCCGCUUCCCACUCACGGCCCGCUCCACCUAUUACAUGUGGAAGCGCGCCCUGCACGAUGGGCUGACGUUGGUGGAUGCCUGAGCUGGCCACAGCUCCUCUGCUGGUGUGCCCUUUGGCUCUCUGGUGCAGUGCCUGGGUUGGGGCCUCACUGAUUUUUGUUUUGGUUUGGUUUUGUUUUGUUCCUAGUCUCUGGCUUUCUUUUUUUUUUGUGUGGUUCAAUCAGGUAUGGGAGCAUCCUCAUAGUGCCUAUUGCCAGAGGCUGGAGGAGUGGAAGGAAAAGGCAUUGAGUAUCCCAAGGGAGAGGGGCCAGGUAAUUUUCCUUUCUUUGUGCUCAGAGGAUGAGCAAGGGAGGUAAUACUGUGCCAGUGUCAUGGGAUGCUGCUGGGCCUCAUGAGAUGGAGGAUGUGAAAGUCUCUCUGCCCCAGGCAGUUGCUUGAAUGAGUAAUGUGGAUGUUCAGGAUGAGCAUGGAGGUACCUAGCAUCUCAUCAGUGAGCAGAGUAGCACUGGCUCAGCUGUAGGUGAGGAGAGGUUUGGGGAGUGCUCAGCUUUAUGUAAGAAGCAUCUUUGGGCUUUCCCAGCUAAGGAGAAUAAAAGCUUCACUUGGGAUGAGUGAAGCUCUUGCUUUUAGUCCCUGCCUCUGGCUGCCCUGAUCUUUCCUAGAUGGAGAAGAGACUGGUAGUUGAGGGGACUUGUUUGUGUCCUCACUGUAAUCUGUAUGCUGGGAAUGCUAAGCCAGGAGUCAGUGUCUUCUGCAGGCUCUGCAGAAGCUGUCCCUGACCUUUCAGGUCUUGUAGCAAUAACCUUUCACACAAACCUUUAUUCUCUCAGCUGGCAGCUACCCUACUUUUCUAGGGUCUUUUUCCUGAAGUCUAGGAGAAUGCAGAGAGACUGCAACUUGUGUGCCCAGUGUCCCUGCAUCCCCUGUGCUGUGCUGCAAGCAACAUGGAUGCGUAUUUCUCACUUGUAAGAAACCAAAGCAAUAAAGACUCUUCCACUCCUAGUCCUGUGUGGUUUCUCACUGUCACUGCAUGAUUUCUGGGCAAGGCUUUUUUUCCCCCUCCCUCUCUGCUUUCUAAAACUGUUGAAUGUGCCGGGAGAGACUGCACACGUCAGUGCCUGCUCCUGAGAAGGUCCUUUUCUGGUUCCUGGUGGGGAGUGUCUGCUGCUUGAUGUCACCUCUCUGGAGGCCUGGCUGGAGCUGUGCUUUCCCUGGUAAGAGCCUAAGGCUUGCUUUCCAGAACAGAUGCAAGGCUGGAGAUAACCCAGUGUGCCCAGCCCUGUGUGACAGCAGGAGUGCACAGACAAUGUCUGAGAUGGUGGUGGUCGUGCCCUGAAGUGGUGGUGGUGUACUGGGAGGCUGAAACCACCAGCUUGUACCUCUGCCCUGUGAGCAUCUUGAAGUGUAAGGCUGAGGUGGUCUCUGCCUGACUCCACACCCCUCAUCCCCUUAGUGGGUGAGUUCUCCUGUGCUGUCUGUCAGCAUGGCUGUGCAGGACUAAGCUGUAGGAUGUCUAGGGCUGGCUGGUACCACUGGCUGUCACCAACUGCAGUACCUGGUCUUGCUUCCCAGAACUCAGAGCAACCUACAGAUGUGUGGGGAGAGCUUCCCAAGCCCUGCAUUUACAAGGUCAGCUCCUGAGGCCGGGUCAGCAGGACUGACUCUUGUCUUACUCUCAGGCCUUUGACAGGGCAUUAGGAGCUUUGGUGACCGUGUUAAGAGGAGAUGCCAUAACACACGUGGUAUGUCUGUCCUAAAUCCAUCCCCCUGCUCUGCCCCACCUCCUCCCAAAACUGCUCACAAAUAACUUGUUUUUCCUUAAGGUGUCUGGAACCUGUCACUGGCUGCUGCAGCCCAGUCCUGUUCCUGAGUAGUCUGGCUUCACUCCCUGUGAGCCUCCUAGGCAGAGGGGCCCUGUGCUAGAAAAUUCUGUUGAGCUUUCUUCUGCAGCAGCCUGGCAGGAGAAAGGGGUGCUCAGGCUUGUCCUGUGGUGGGGCAGCCAUGUUGAACCUGGACCUGGGGCAUGUCUAAGAAACCAUUUAGCU